UCUUCUUCUUCUUCAACCUUUGUUUCAACCUUCAACAACCAUUUUUUUUCUAAUAAAGUUUCUGCAGCUUAAGUGUAAAACAACAAAAACCAAACAUGGUGGUUUUGCCACAGCCAGUCACUUUAGAUAACCACAUCUCCCUACUCCAAACAUACAAACCGGUUCCGGUUCCGGUUCUAACUUCACAUUCAAUCCCCGUCGUGGACCUAACCGACCCCGAAGCGAAAACCCGGAUAGUAAAAGCCUGUGAGGAGUUCGGGUUCUUCAAGGUCGUAAACCACGGCGUCCGAUCCGAACUCAUGACUCGGUUGGAGCAGGAGGCUAUUGGCUUCUUUGCCUUGCCUCAGUCUCUUAAAAACCAAGCCGGUCCGCCUGAACCGUACGGUUAUGGUAGUAAACGGAUUGGACCAAACGGUGACGUUGGUUGGAUUGAGUAUAUCCUCCUCAAUGCUAACCCUCAGCUCUCAUCUCCCAAAACCUCCGCCGUCUUCCGUCAAACCCCUCAAAUUUUCCGAACGGCAGUUGAGGAGUACAUGAAGGAGAUAAAAGAAGUAUCGUGCAAGCUGUUGGAGAUGAUGGCAGAAGAAUUAGGGAUAGAGCCAAGGGACAGUCUGAGUAAAAUGCUGAGAGACGAAAAGAGUGACUCGUGCCUAAGACUAAACCAUUAUCCGGUGGCGGAGGAAGAGGCGGAGAAGAUGGUGAAGGUGGGGUUUGGAGAACACACAGACCCACAAAUAAUUUCAGUGCUAAGAUCCAAUAACACUGCGGGUCUUCAAAUCUGUGUGAAAGAUGGAAGUUGGGUCGCUGUCCCUCCUGAUCACUCUUCUUUCUUCAUUAAUGUUGGAGAUGCUCUUCAGGUUAUGACUAACGGGAGGUUCAAGAGUGUUAAACACAGAGUCUUAGCUGAUACAAGGAGAUCAAGGGUUUCGAUGAUAUAUUUCGGGGGACCGCCAUUGAGCCAGAAGAUCGCACCAUUGCCAUGCCUUGUCCCUGAGCAAGAGGAUUGGCUUUACAAAGAAUUCACUUGGUCUCAGUACAAGUCUUCUGCUUACAAGUCUAAGCUUGGUGAUUAUAGACUUGGUCUCUUUGAGAAACAACCUCUUCUCGCUCAUAAAACUUUUUUGAGAGUAGUCGUGAUGAUCCUUGUCAUCCUUUGUAUGAUAGAAAGUCAUAAUCACAAAAAGAUGGAAACGGAUAGUCUUUUGGAUUAGUUUUUUCUUUUUUUUGGUAUGUUUUUCAUUAGGUCCAAAAAGCAUUAGGCUUUGCUUAGAGUUUGACCCAACCAAACCAACUUUUGUAUCUUCUCGUCUUCUUCUUCUCCUUUUUCUUUUUACCACAAUUUGUUUGCCUUUCUUGGAAAUACCAAUUAGUGUUUAUUCUUCUCUU